UAAAAAUCAUUUAUUCCCCCACCGUUUUUUAAACUUCAUGGGACUCCACCAUCAUAACAUUCACACCCAAAGACGUGAACCCCACGCAACACAACCUAAACCUCUCCAAUCUUAGUUAUACUCACCCAAACAAAACAAAAAUCCCAAAGAGGAUCACCACACCACAACAACAACAACAACAAAAAUAAAGAUUCAAGACAAUGAGAGUGAGAACAACUUUGAUUAACUUCAAAUCAAAGCUUUCUAAAUCAUGCAACAGAUUCGUCUCUCUCUUCCGCUUCAGAGUUAAAAGACCUGUCUUUAUUAGACCUCUUCGUCGUGCUCGUCAUGGCAAUGUCAAACCUAGACAACAUAAUCAUCAUCCCAAGAAGCCAAUCUGUUCUUCCUCUUUGCUGUCUUGUCUCUGUUUCCUCAGUACUAAUAAAGACCAGGAGAUGAGCGAGACCACACCUAGAAGUUCCUCUUUUAGUGUGAAGGAUGAUGAUUCUUUGAAGUUUAUGCAUUCGCCUCUUACACCAGCAGCAGCCAAGAAGCUGUUCACUUCACCAAUCACGACGCCUGUUUACACAGGGAGGACCAAGAAAUCGCUGAGCUCAAGAGAUACAUUCGAAGACAAUGCUGUGGAAGAUGCUUGCAGAAGCUUUGAGAACUAUCUGAUAUAUCUGAUUGUUGAAGAAGGGAAAAUGGAAGACGUAAUGGACAUAGAGGAGCUUCUCUUCUGUUGGAAGAAUCUUAAGAGCCCUGUCUUCAUUGAACUUGUCUCCAGAUUCUAUGGAGAGCUCUGCAGAGACCUGUUUACAGGUGAAUGAACAGAUUACAAAAAAUGAUCAAAUCAAAAAAAAAGUUUUUAUCUUUCUUUUUCAACAAACAAUUGGCAAUCAUUGAACACACCAUCUUAAGAAUUUUUAAGUUCAAAGUGGAAACUGCAAAUGUGUGAAGAGUAUAAAGAUUGUAUUUUUUUCUGGGUUUUACAUAAAGAAGAAACUUGGAUUUAUUAACUAUAGACCAAAAACUUGAAUGUGAACAAAGAUACAAUACUUGGAGACAAGUGAUUUUCUUUACCUACAAAACUUUAAGAAAAGCAGAGACCUUUACCUGAAACUUUCUUUUAGUUUACGAAAGAUAAACCUGAGAUUUAAUCACUGAAUCUCCAAUCUUAAAACCAGGCAUUGUGAUGAACUCAACACUUAAGUCGCCUUGUCUUUCUCCUUUUUCAUCAACCACUACAGAUUCCAUGUAGACUCCUGAGAACUUGGUUCCUCUUCUGACCACAAAGAUCUCUCCUUUUAGAUCCAAAGAAGCUGCAAACGAUCCAAGAAUCCAUACCCACUUUGCCAUUUUCGCAAAGAUUCUAUAAAACAUCGUUCUUGGAUGCUUACCGAGCAAAACUAGACCUCUCAUAUCCAAAUUCCCAAAGAAGGAAGCCUCCAUUGAAGGAUGAACAACUAAAAGAUACUUCUCACCGCAGAAUCUUGAGAACGCAGAAUCUGGAAACGCUGUUAACGCGUCCAAUACAUCAUCGAAACUCAUUAGCUCCGUCACAUCACAAGGAUUAAGCUUCAUCCCGUGAAACAUCCUUCGAACAAUGUAUGACUCAAAAGCAAACUUCUUAUCUGAGUUUUUAGCAAAUCUUACAUUUCCAACAAUAGAUUCCACUGCUUUGUCCAAAUUCCAAUCUGUAGCUUUCAUCAGAGUGAUUAAUGGCUUCGCAAAGUCGUGGAUGGACUUGGAAGCAGCUCGAAACGCGAAUUCAAAAGAAGAAACACUCACAAUCCUCUCCUCGAGUUUCCUAUUCUCUGCAACCAAACAGUCUAGUUUCUCCUUCAGAGAGUGAAUCUCACUCUCCUUUGCUUUCACUUCCGCCUUGAGUUUCCCCAAAUGCUUCUCAUUCACUUUGAUCUCAUCUCUCAGUCGAUCCAAACAAGAAGCAGCAUCAAGCUCGGUCUUGGCCUGGAGCUGCUUCGUUUUGAGGUAGAGACGCUUGAUUCUUUGCAAGGCUUCGAACUGAGAGACGACGUGGUUGUCUGCUUCUAUGAUCUUGUCUGGAGCAUAAGGCAAAUGAGCUUGUUGAAACUCAAGAUAAGCGAGCUUAAGCGCCGAAACAACGUCGAACAGCUUCGCAAUCUCAUCAUCAUCCCAACGGAAAUUUCGAAUCUUUCUCGAGGGUUUGUAACUGAUAUCCUCCAAGAUUUCUACUUCAUCACAAGUUUCGUUCGAAUUCGGCUUCUGGUCAAGGAACACACCAAUGGAUCUAAAUUUGCAGACUUUAGCGAACCUGGAGAUGAUCUCCGACAGAUUCGAGGGACUCGAUGAUUUAACGGCGGCAUUCUCCAUGAAUCCAAAUAGAAAUCCUAAUCU